UAUGUGUGUGACGUAACGAGGCCUCAUCGCCCCAUCCGUGCUAGUGGUCACGUGACUGUGGGUUUGUGCUAUAACAUCUAUCUGCUGGUGUCUUCUGCUGUCCUGCUGUGUGUCACAUACAAACACGAUGGAUUUCAACGUCAAGAAGCUCGCCUCCGGUGCGGGACUGUUUUUCACACGAGCUGUUCAGUUCACAGAGGAAAAGUUGGGUCAGGCGGAGAAGACCGAGUUGGACGCUCACUAUGAGAACUUGAUGAGCCGUGCAGACUGCACCAAAAACUGGACUGAGAAGAUCUACCGACAGACUGAAGUCCUGCUGCAGCCCAACCCAAGUGCCAGAAUUGAGGAGUUUCUCUAUGAAAAGUUGGACAGGAAGGCACCGUCCAGAAUCACCAAUGCAGAGCUGCUGGGUCAAUAUAUGCAGGAUGCAGCCAAGGAAUUUGGACCUGGAUCUCCAUAUGGAGGCACUUUGAUCCAGGUGGGCGAAUGUGAGAGAAGAUUAGGCGCAGCAGAGAGAGAGUUCCUUCAGACGUCAGCCAUCAGCUUUCUUGCCCCCCUCAGGAAUUUUCUGGAAGGAGACUGGAGGACCAUUACAAAAGAACGGCGGCUUCUGGAGAAUCUUCGUCUUGACCUGGAUGCCUGUAAAACACGUCUGAAGAAGGCCAAGGUGGCAGAGGCCAAGGCUGCAUGCGAGGGUGAAAUGGCUCCGGAUUUUCAGGAGACUAGACCCCGCAACUAUGUGCUUUCUGCCAGUGCCUCUGCGCUCUGGAGUGAGGAAGUUGAAAAAGCUGAACAUGAGCUCCGAGUGGCCCAAACAGAGUUCGACCGACAGGCGGAGGUCACACGGCUGCUUUUGGAGGGUAUCAGCAGUACACAUGUCAAUCACUUGCGCUGCCUGCAUGAGUUUGUGGAGGCCCAAGCAGCUUACUAUAAGCAGUGCCAUUUCCACAUGCAAGAACUGCAGAAAGAGCUGGGAAGGCUUCCCAACGCUUUUGCGCUGAACUCUACUCACUCCGGGACUACUGCUGGCUCUGCAUCAGAAGACGUCAGCAGCCCUGUGGAGACAGACACACUGAAGAUAGAGGAAGUGCAGGCACCAGCUACAGGAACCCGAAAGGCCAAAGUUCUUUAUGAUUACGAUGCUGCUGACUCCAGUGAGCUCUCCCUUCUCGCUGAUGAGCUCAUCACAGUUUACACAGUGCCGGGCAUGGACUCUGACUGGCUGAUUGGAGAGAGAGGAAACCAGAAAGGAAAAGUGCCUGUCACAUACCUGGAGCUUCUCAGCUAAAGAGCACACAUGCACAUGUGUGAGUGGGUACCACUAAAGCCAUGAUACGAUAAUUUCAUUCACUUAAAUUAAUUUCACACUCUUACACUAACUCGUAACCCUCAAUAGCACUCCACCACCAGUAAGCAUCUGCAAAAAUAUUAAUUUGAACCUGGUCCAACACAGGCUCACUCAUCCCAUCUAUGUGCUUCUCAGAACACACUGAAAUCUUCCCGUCGUGGCGCUGACAGCAGUGAUAAUGGAGACAUUGUUACGAAGAGUACAGGAAAAUCCCCACGAGGGAUAGUUCACAUUCCUUUUAGAUUUGGUGAUUUAUUAUGAUGAUAUUUAUUUAUUAUUUAUUGUUGUGCAUCCCAAAGGUUUAGGCAGACCUUUCCAAACUGAAUGAAGUUAAGCUCUGACAAACUGUGACUUACUGUCUUCAGAGGGAUUUCCUUCAAAAUUAUAGUUUUGAUUUGUUUUGGGGGGAAAAGUGUCUUUAUUAUCUCUUAAAGCCUUUUUUUUUUUCAUAAGUUCAGUACUGAGCUCUGAUGGAAACUAAUUCAAGAGAUGUGUUUCAUCUGAAAAUAUUAAUCCACCAUAACACCCAGAAAUGUUGAAUUCUGUAUCAAGGUCCCAAGUGCAAGGUUGCACUAAUCUGUUUCCUAAUGAAGACUGCGAUAUAGAUAAUACAAACAUGCAAUAACAAGGCACAGACGAGUGUUAUCCUCCAGUUUUAUAAACUUCACACAUCGAAUCUUAAUCAUCUCUGUAUAACACACACUCCUCAUUGAAGAAGAAGAAGAAGAAAUAAACAUAGGCAACUGGACAAUGGAUCAUUGUGAUCACAUUAUGUGGUCAGAAUGUGACUGCAUCCUAGCUUUAGCACAAAUAUGUCUCCUGUUCUUUUCCUUUCUUCCCAAAGGAAGGAAUGGAAUGAACAGAACUGCAUUUCUGUUUUUUAUUUUGCCUUGGAAGCGUUAAGUAUGAUGAACUUCAGUUGACACAGAAAAACAACAACUAUGAAACAGAAAACAGUUUUUCUUGUUCGCUGAAUCAUCCUUGACUUUAGGGAAGCAGAUUUGCCUUAACUGUUCAUAGAAGAGAAUGUAAUUCCUGUGUUAUUUGAAGGAAAAAUAACAUUUUAUGGACAGUUGGAUGAUACAUUUCUGCUCACACCUGUUGAUUAAGUCACCACAUUCACUUGUUUUAUAUUGUAAUUAUAUUUUUCCUUAUGAGGUCUCCCCCACAUGCUUCCCAUGCCUCCCACUACACUGAAGAUGCCUCACCCACAUGCUUCCCAUGCCUCCCACUGCACUGAAGAUGCAUCACCCACAUGCUUCCCAUGCCCCGCCACUGCACUGAAGAUGUCCCUUUCAGUAAUAUAAACAUCUGCAGCAAAAUGAACAUGAACAUCCAAACUGCCUUAAAAUAAUGGGAAGGAACCGCUAAGGCCAUCAGCUGCAAACCAGAGAAUGUGCUUUUCACAACAAAAUGCCCAGAGACCUAAUGUGCACCACAUAUGGCAUGCAAGACUGUAACUACUCCUAAUAAAGAGUGUGUUUGUGUGAUUUUGGUUUGGCCUUUAGUGUUUUUACAAUGUUCCUAUUUGUUGCUGUUUUGUUUGUUAAUACAUUAAAGUGUCCUCAGUCUUAGUGCUGCAUGUGCUACAGCUAGUAGCCUGUCCCGCAGGACAGCGUGUGUAUACGAGUAUAUGAUGUAGCAAAGUCGGUUUUCUGUCAGAUCUGGACCACCCAAAAUGUUUGCACAAGAGUAAUGUGCUCUCCCACAUCCUGUAUAUGUACAUGCAUGCACUCUGUCAAUUUUCAUUUAAACCAGCCUGGCCUCAUGACGUUUUGUGAAAUGAGCGCAAUCUUUGGAAACUGCAAAAAAAAAAAAACGCCAACAGAGAAGUGACAUGAGUCUCAACCAAAUAGUUUUCUCACCUGCAGUCAGUGAGAAUGUUAAAUAUAAUUCUUGUAAGCAGAGGAAUCCACAUCAUGUCAUCUGCACUCUACUGUUGUGCCCAUUUCACAAAUUAAGGGGGAAUUUUUCUUUUCAGGAUGUUUUUUUUUACUUCUGCUUUUGUGAUUCUGUUGUACCUCAUCUUGUAUUAUUAUUAUUAUUAUUAUUAUUUAUCAGUGUAUUGCCUGUUCCUUAACCAUGCUGAAAGAAUGAAAUGUAUGGGAUUUAAUAAAAAGUAAGAUUUAUUUGAA